AGUAUCUCAUUCCCUCAACAUCCGCGAGAAGAGGAAGCGAGAGCAGAUUGGGCGAAAAUGGGGGGCGGCAUGGAAGCGAACAAGAACAAGUUCAUCGAGGAUUGGGGCACUCUAAGAGAGAAUGUGGAGUACAACAUCCGUUGGAAUCGCCGCACUCUUUCUCUCGUUGGGAUCUUCGGCAUCGUGGUUCCAGUCUUAGUCUACAGGGGCAUCGUCAAAGAAUUCCAUAUGCAAGAUGAUGAAGCAGGCAGACCACGCCGGAACUUUGGUUUUGACUAUAAAAAAUAUAUGUUGUCGGAGGAGUAGAAGUGGGUUUUCAACCACAAUGUAUUCCUGUUAUUCAGUUUGGUAACUGCUCUUUUCUUUUUUUCACAUGUGGACUCUGGGAAGUUUGUUUUGUAGUUCUACUCGUUUACUGGCAAAUCUAAUAAAAGUAGUUGAUGCUGCUUUGCUUUA